AUGGAUCUUUAUAUGAGUGGUUUUAUUGAUAAUCAAAAAUUUUUUGAUGUAAGAAAUAAAGAACAUACAAUUCAAAAUUCAAAGUCAAGAAAUUGUUUUUUUUCACCAGUUCACUGUCAUCUUUUGAUGAAUAAUCCUGAACAUUUAAUUUAUUUUGUCAAAGUAACAUCUGACAAAAAGUUACCGAAAGAUUUAAAUGAAUUAAAAAAAUAUUUGGGUUGA